AUGGACGAUUUUCCAUGGGAUCAGGUGGAAUCAGGGGACCUGGGGAGUCUGCAGGUUGUGCUUUUCGACAGCUCGACCGCUCGCAGAAUCCGCGCUCUCCAGGACCUCCGUGAUCGAAUCGGGUCCAGCUUACCUUCCCAAACUCAUCAGCCUCUUAUCGGGCUUCUCUUCAAAACCUGCCCCCGUUACGUCGAUCGCCCCUCUCGCCAGGCCGUACAGCAAUGUCUCCGUUCGCUUCUCAAGGCCCCGGUCCCGACCGACGAUCUGAAAUACCUCUCCCAGAAGUUGCAGGCGGAAGCCGCUAAACCCGCCCUAGCGCCUGGUCCUGCUCUCGUCCUGCUGGAAUGGUGUUCAAUCGUUCUUCAGAUCUUGGCGGAAGACUCCGAGACGCCGCUUUCUGCCGUGUUAGACACCAUUGCCGUCGAUGCAAAGGCACUGGAUAUCUGCCUGGCCGCUAACCCCAAGCCGGCAGUGAAGGCUUCUGCCCUCCGGGUGACAAGACGUGCCCUGCGGGCUACAUUCUCCGCUGCUGCUUGGGGCGAGGAUGCUGUUCGGGAGUCCGUCCGCCGGUUGACCGGCGACUCGACGACUGGACAGAAGAACGCACCUUUCCUGGGUGUCAUCUCCGGCGUCUGCGCACGUCUCCCCACCAAGAAAUCAGUCUUGGAGGGGGAGAAGAAGUUGAUUCUUUCGUACUACGUCAAGGAGUUGGCUGGCUCAAAAUCUGCGCCGCCAGCUCAUAUUGCGGAUGCAUUGGGCGACUUCUUCGUCUCCUUCAUAAGCUACGAAGAUCUCGCUUCCGAGUUGGUACCGCCCUUUGAAAAGGCUAUGCUACGCUCCCCCGAAGUCGUUUUCAGCGGCUUGCUCCCUUCGCUGUGCGCUUCGCUGCCGGAUGGAAUUGACAUAUCGGAACUUCUGCACUCGCGGCUGUUGAAACACCUGCUCUCGAGCAUGAAAUCGAACAACUCAGCUAUCAGGCAGGGUGCCCUUCGCUCGUUUGAGGCCCUGCUCUUGAAGUCCAAGGACCAGAACUUACUCAUCAAGGUUACAAGCGAGGUUGUCGGCCCUCUGAAGACCCAAAAGAUCACCAAUCCGGAACAACGUGCCGUGUACGCUCAAGCGGUCACCGCGAUAACCCCUUCGGUCGACGUGUCAAAGGAUGUGGUCCAGGGUUUUGUCCCUCUGUUCGCACGGGAAUCGAACGAGGCCGCUUUGGAGCAGGAAAUCAAGUCAUUCUGCAAGCAUUUGGCUUUCCUUGUUCAGUCUCAGGUGAAGGUCAGCGACGACGUCGCCAACGCUAUUGUGAAAGGAUCUUCCGACAAGCGUGUGCCAUUCAAAAAGCUCUGGCAGCUCAAUGUCAGCGAUGUUAUCUGGGAAGUCGAGCCUUCCACAUUGGCGAGUUCCAACGUCGAGCCCCUUGUGAACAAGUUCCUCAACAAGAUGAGAGAACUAUACAACGAGGUUGCCUCCAACCCUCUGCCAUCUGCCCAGGCCGGCUCUCUGUCGACGGCCCAUGUAUAUCUGGCCCUUCUAAAGCGCUCUUCCACACUGCAGAGCUUUGACAAGUCUGCGUGGGAGGAAACCGUGGCACAGUCGAUGGUGCUAAACCCGAAACCGUCUUUCCUCCUGAACCCGAAGGCGUACUCUAAGUUGAGCUCUCGGGCGGAGAUCCAGUGGGCUGUGCGAGCACUUUCUGCCGUCACUGCCGGUUCCAAGUUCGAACAGGCCGACGAUGCAGCCAAGACCGCAUGGGCUCAGGCAGUUAUAUACAACGUCGUUGCCCCCGGACUCCACACCAGUUUCCGGGAUGAAGCUGCCCGUGCAUUGUCAGAGGUCCAUCUGAAGAAUGUGGGAAGCGUGAGUCGGAUGGUUAUAAGUGCUCUGUGGUCCUGGGUACAUUCCUUUAGAACUGGUGAAAAAGAAUCUGCACCAGUCUCUGCAGGACCAGAGAGUGAAAGGUUCCUUCAUCUCGUUGUAAAGGCUCUUUGCCCCCCUGCUUCUAGUCUGCGGGGAGUAGACAACGUCGCUACGGAUCUGAGGAACCAACUCGUUGAGUUGCUAGUCCUUUGCCGUCCUGAGUUGAUUCCAAACGUAUCAUGGAUCUCCUCUUGCCUGAGAACUGGCACAGACCCCGGUGACCUUGUACGCGAAUUUCCCGAGAAGUGCGUGGAGCAGCUAACUCGCUUGCAUGAGGACCCGGUUCAGUCGAAGGUACCCCAAAUCGAUGCUGCAAUUUGGAGUGCUGCCGGUGAGUUGGCAUUCGUGGCACCUGACGCUAUGGUGCCCCGACUUGUGAGCCAGAUCCAAGACGACCUGAACACUUCACGGUCAUCCAAAUUCACGGCUACCGAUGUCGCUAUUGCUCGAACCCCUGAGGGAACCAUGUUUGUUGACGUUCUUAGCACAAAGUCGAAGCAGUCCAACUUUGAUAAGAACACUAAAGACUACGAUAUUCUCAAAUGGGAGGAGGAACUACGAGCACAGUUGGGUGAUAAGAAGGGCCAAAAGCAGAAGAAGCUUACUGCGGAAGAGCAGUCGAAGGUCAAGGCCCAGCUUGUAAAGGAGUCCAAGAUCCGUGAGGAAGUCCUUCAGGAGAUUAAAAGGAUCGAACGAGGAUGUGGAAUAAUUCAGGGUCUCGCGGACGGACCCGCCAUCGAUGCGGAUGGCUGGAUCAACCCCGCUGUGAGCUCCUUACUCUCCCUGACCGAGGCUGGUGCAGGCUUGUUUGCUGGGGAUGUCGUGUCAAAAGCCUACAUCAAGUGUGCCGAGAAGCUGUCCUCGCGUCUUGGUCCGCUGCGGCCUUUCGUGGGCAUUGCCACGCUGCGUGCAAUUGGCAAGAGUUACUUGCCUCAGGAAAUGGAAGUAGAGCCACUCGGACAGCUUGUAACUAGGAUUCUCUACCGGGUGCGCUUCGCCUCCGAGCAACGCCCUCUUGACAGCACGUCUCUGGCCUACGUUCUGCCUUUGCUUUUCUUGGUGCUCAGCCGAAACGGAAUUGAUGAACAACGAGGAGAGGAAGAGGGCGAGCAAGUUCUCCUUGCCCUCGAAAUCUUGUCCUUCCAUUCGGGCUCCUUUACCGACGAGCGCCUUCCUCGAGUCGAAGUCUUGAACAACCUGCUUGCAUCGAUGCAGAAGUAUACUCAACACUACAAGCUCAUCAAGGAUACUCUCUUCGACUUCAGCAGGUGCAUCUCAGCGAACAUCAACAAAGACGAGCUAGACAUUCUUCUUAAAGGCACGAUCGUUGCAGAUGUGUCUGUUCGUACUUCGGUAUUGCAGGUCAUCGAAGCAGAAAUUGACCUGACUGACCUUGACUUCUCGGAACACAUCUGGCUGGAACGCCAUGACCACGUGGAGGAAAAUGCUGAAAUCGCCGAGAACAUCUGGGAGGAAAAUGCUCUGGAGGUCGAUGACUCCUCGUAUGGAAAGAUUAUUCCGUAUCUCUCCUCGAAGGAUUCGCAACUCCGUGGUGCUGGCGCUCGCGCGCUGGCGCAUGCAGUCGCCACGAAUCCAUCGGUGUUUAAUGACAUCUUCGCAGAGCUACAGUCGAAAUAUACCGUCGAGAUCCAGCCUAAGGCUCCAGAGAAAGACAGCUACGGAAUGCCCAAGAAGAUGGAUAUGGCAGACCAUUGGGAGCUACGUAGCGGUAUUGCCCUCGCUUUUGGUGCUAUGACGGACCUCUUUGAAGGCGAGCAGACCGUCUCCUUCCUCCGCUUCCUGAUCGAAAGAGGGCCCCUCAUCGACAAGAGUUCCACCGUCCGAGCACAGAUGGCAGAGAGUGGCAGAUCCGUCAUCGCUGUCCGCGGUCAGCAGAAGGUUGAGGAACUGAUGGUGCUCUUGGAGACGACCCUGGAGACUUCCGACAAAGGCAGUGAGACGUCUGAUCUCCUGAACGAGGCCGUGGUUGUUCUGUAUGGAUCUUUGGCGCAGCACCUGAAAGCGGACGAUCCGCGUUUGCAGACGGUCAUCAAGAGACUACUUGACACGCUCCCUACUCCUUCGGAAACUGUGCAGUCUGCCGUGUCGGGAUGUCUACCGCCUCUGAUCCGACUUUCUCGCCCUCAAAGUGGCCAGUACGUUCAAGAAAUGCUGGACCAGCUGUUGCAGUCGAAGAAAUAUGCUACACAGCGUGGCGCGGCUUACGGACUUGGUGGUAUCGUCAGCGGCAGGGGUAUUAUCACACUGCGGGAGUUCCAGGUCAUGUCACAUCUGCAUGAUGCCACAGAGAAUAAGAAGGAACCUCAUCAGAGGCAAGGUGCCUUGUUAGCAUACGAGCUAUUUGCCACCAUCCUGGGACGGACUUUCGAGCCUUAUGUUAUCCAAAUCGUUCCCCAGCUCCUUGCCGGGUUUGGAGAUGUUAACCCAGACGUGCGCGCUGCCUGUCUCGAUGCCGCAAAGGCUUGCUUCUCGAACCUCAGCUCUUAUGGUGUUAAGAAUAUUCUCCCUACCCUGCUCGACGGUCUUGAUGACACGCAAUGGCGCAGUCAGAAGGGCGCCUGUGAUCUCCUGGGAGCGAUGGCCUACCUUGACCCUCAGCAACUAGCGGCAAGCCUUCCGGACAUUAUUCCUCCGCUCACUGUGGUCCUCAAUGACACGCACAAAGAAGUGCGCAGUGCGGCAAACCGAAGUCUUCAGCGUUUCGGUGAAGUCAUCAGCAACCCCGAAGUGAAGAGCCUGGUGAGCGUGCUCCUGAAGGCGCUGAGCGACCCGACAAAGUACACAGACGAGGCUCUGGAUUCACUCAUCAAGGUUUCCUUUGUGCAUUAUCUGGAUGCUCCGUCCUUGGCGCUUGUUGUUCGCAUCCUUGAGCGUGGUCUUAGCGAUCGGUCGAAUACGAAACGUAAAUCCGCUCAGAUCAUUGGCAGCUUGGCCCACCUUACUGAACGCAAGGAUCUCAUUUCUCACCUGCCAAUCAUCGUUUCCGGCUUGCAGCUGGCUAUCGUUGAUCCUGUGCCCACCACUCGUGCAACCGCUUCCAAGGCCCUUGGUUCUCUUAUCGAGAAGCUCGGAGAGGAUGCUCUUCCCGACCUCAUCCCCAACCUUAUGUCUACGCUCAAGUCGGAUACCGGAGCCGGCGACAGACUGGGAUCCGCUCAGGCCCUUUCGGAGGUACUUGCAGGCCUGGGUACAACCAGACUCGAGGAGACGCUGCCUACCAUCUUGCAGAAUGUGUCAAGCUCCAAACCUGCUGUUCGGGAAGGUUUCAUGACGCUCUUCAUCUUCCUUCCCGCCUGCUUCGGAAACAGCUUCGCCGCCUAUCUCAGCAAAAUCAUCCCCCCUAUCCUUGCCGGUUUGGCUGACGAUGUCGAGUCCAUUCGCGAAACCUCUCUCAAGGCGGGUCGCUUGCUGGUUAAGAACUUCUCCUCCAAGGCCAUUGAUCUCCUUCUGCCGGAGCUUGAGCGCGGCCUUGCGGAUGAUAGUUACCGUAUCAGAUUGAGCUCCGUCGAGUUGGUUGGUGACCUGCUCUUCAGCCUGACUGGCAUCACUGCCAAGGCCGAUGCGGAGGAGGAAGAGGAGGAGGCUGCCCAAGCUGGGCAGUCGCUGCUCGAGGUUCUCGGAGAGGAGAGGAGGAACAAGGUCUUGUCUGCACUGUUCAUCUGCCGCUGCGAUACUUCGGGUCUCGUCAAGAGCGCUGCUAUGGGUGUCUGGAAGGCGCUUGUUGCUUCUCCCAAGACUCUCAAGGAUAUGGUUCCCACCCUGUCUCAGCUCAUCAUCCGCCGCCUUGGUUCCUCCAACAUGGAGCACAAGGUCAUCGCUAGCAACGCGCUUGGAGAUCUCAUCAAGAAGGCUGGAGAGUCUGUUCUCGCGACUUUGCUGCCUUCUCUCGAGGAAGGUCUGCAGACUUCGCCCGAUGUGGAUGUCAAGCAAGGUAUUUGUAUUGCUUUGAGAGAGCUCAUUAAUUCCGCAUCCGCCGAGGCCCUUGAAGAUUACGAGAAGAUUCUUAUCUCGACUGUCCGCGUGGCUCUGGUUGACAACGACGAGGACGUCCGUGAGGCUGCUGCCGAAGCCUUCGACGCUUUGCAACAAAUCCUGGGCAAGAAGGCAGUCGACCAAGUUCUGCCCCAUCUCUUGCUUCUUCUGAGAAACAACGAGGACGCGGAGCAAGCGUUGUCGGCACUAUUGACACUCCUCACCGAGCAAACCCGAGCGAACAUUAUCCUUCCCAACCUUAUCCCGACACUUCUCACCUCUCCUAUCUCUACCUUUAACGCAAGGGCUCUUGCUUCCCUGGCCGAAGUGGCAGGUUCUGCUAUGACCCGCAGACUGCCGACAAUCCUGAACUCCUUGAUGGAUGAGAUCGUGUCCACCACGGACGAGGUUCACCGUGAAGAAUUGAGCAGUGCGUUCGACACGAUCCUGGUGUCGGUGGAUGAGUUCGAUGGCUUGAAUGCCAUGGUGAACGUCAUGAUCACUAUGAUGAAGCAUGACGACCAUCACCGUCGUACCAACGCGGCAAUCCAUCUCAACAAAUUCUUCGCCAAUGCUGAGAUCGAUUACUCCAGAUACCAUCAAGAUCUGAUCCGCGUCCUGCUCAUUUCCUUCGAUGACCGCGACAAGAAUGUCGUCAAGGCAGCGUGGACGGCGCUGAGUGGGCUCACGUCCCAUCUGCGCAAAGAAGCAAUGGAGGUGCUUACCAUCCCCGUUCGCCAGGUCUUGCGGAGUGUUGGAGUCCCGGGUGCCAACCUUCCCGGUUUCAGCCUGCCCAAGGGUAUUACAGCCAUUCUGCCUAUAUUCUUGCAAGGUCUUCUGAACGGCAGCGUCGAGCAGCGUACGCAGGCCGCUCUCGCGCUUGGCGACAUCAUCGAUCGCACUGGUGCGGACUCUCUGAAGCUGUUCGUGACCCAGAUCACUGGUCCGCUUAUCCGUGUCGUGUCCGAGCGAUCGGUGGACAUCAAAUGCGCUAUUUUCUUCACCCUCAACAAGCUCCUGGAGAAGAUACCGCUCGCUGUCAAGCCAUUCUUGCCACAGCUCCAACGCACCUUCGCGCGUGGUCUGGCCGAUGCUUCUAGUGAGACUCUUCGUAACAGGGCUGCGAAGGGUCUUGGUAUCCUGAUCACCUUGACUCCCAGGGUCGAUCCUCUUAUUGCGGAACUCAUCACAGGCACUAAGACCACCGAUAUCGGUGUCAGGAACGCCAUGAUGAAGGCUCUGCAAGAGGUGGUGGGCAAGGCCGGCGCAAACAUGAGCGAGGCAUCGAAGAAUGCCCUCCUCGCUCUCAUUGACGAUGACGCCAGCGACCAAACGGAUGCCGUCGCUAUCACGAAUGCCAAACUGCUUGGUGCACUGGUGAAAGUCCUCCCGGCAGCCACUGCGGGUCCGCUUAUCAAGAACCGGGUCUUGACGGCCACGGCUUCUCAUGCCUCGAUUCUGGGACUCAAUGCUCUGCUUGUGGAGUCUCCGUCAUCCGUGACGGAACAUUUCUCUGCUGAGACUCAGGCUGUCAUCUGCCAGGGAGUCACGAACAAGGAUCCCUUCAUCGCCGACAACAGCGUCCUCGCCGCCGGAAAGUAUCUUCUGGUUGAGGAUGAGCAUCGCAACUUUGAAGUUAACAAGGCCAUUUUCGAGGCCUUGGCGCCCUGCAUCCAGCCCGGCACGCCCUCUGACACGCGGCGGUUGACUCUGGUGGUCAUGCGCACCGUCAGCCGCCUGCACCCUGAGCUGACUCGGCCUCAUCUGGCUCUCCUGGCGCCCCCAAUUUUUGCCAGCGUUCGGGACGUGGUUAUCCCUGUCAAGCUGGCGGCCGAGGCUGCCUUCCUGGCGAUAUUCUCUGUGGAGGAUACUGAGGGUGCCGUGUUCGAAAAGUACAUGGCUGGACCCGGAGCUACGCUUCCCCCGGGACCCAAGCGGAGCAUGUCGGACUACUUCAAGCGUGUCGCGCUACGUCUUGCUGCCCAGGCUCGGGAGCGCAAGGAGGCGGAAGGUGGACAAGGAGGGUUGGGUUUGUCCAAUGAUGAGGUUGAAGACGAGAAGGAAUUGUGGAGCAUUGGAAAGGUUGAUCUCGGGGACGGGGCCUUUGCGGAUGAGUGAGUUCGAUCUAUCUGCUACCUAUACCCUUCUGUUGAGUGGGGACAAUUUUGAAAGACGAAAAGCAUGUUGAUAUAAGAUGAGCAAUGCAUUGUUGAUGUUCUUGUUUGUGUGAGGUUCUUGGACGUCGUCCAAAGUUCUAUAGUUGAAUGCUUAGGGCGGUAGCUUAUCGGUG